UUUCAAUGGAGCGCAUUCACAGGGCUGGAUCGGAGCUACUAUGGUAAAGAAGAUGGAAAUGAUGAAGACGAUAAAGAAAAUGAUGAUGAUCGACACGCCGAGGAUUCCGAUGAUGAUCACAAUGACGAAGACGAUGAUCACGAUGAGGAUGAUGAUGAUGAUGAUGAUGAUGAUGAUGAUGCUGACGAUGAUGAUGAUGAU